AUGUCGGAGAAAACUUCCGUAGACCAGUAUGGACGUAAAACAUGGAACGUAGAAGCGUACGAAAAGGAGGCUGGCCGGAAAAGAGCGCUCGACGCGGACUCAUCGUCGUCCAAUGCAAAACUUCUAAAGAACAAGACUGUUCUCGAACAGAGACAGAAUUUGAUUGAUCUGUCGGUGCUGGCAGUCAAGUCACAUACACUCAUUGGUGCGGAUGCUGCGUCGACGCUGACAACUUACGGAAAAAACAAGCGAUUUGGGUUCUUUUGUCCAGUGUGUGAUCUCUCCUUCAGAGACACCCUAGCUCUCGUAGACCACAUCAAUCUGCCACAACAUGCUAAGAAAGUGGCCAAAGUAAAUGGUGCUAAUAGUGGGGAGGGGGAAUUGUUGGCAGAUGGGGUUCGUAGAGCCACAGUCGAGCAGGUGGCCCAGACCAUCGAGGAGCUAGUGAAGAGGCUGUGGCAGCAGAAGGUCUCCAGCGGGUCUGUCGAGAGUCUUCAAGAACGAGUUCGCAAGCGGGAGAAGUUCGAGGCUGACCGGGCGCGGUUACGGGCCGUUAAGAGAAAAGAAGCGGCAGAGAAGGCGGAACCCACCGAGAUGGGGAAAUUGAUGGGGAUCGAGGGCUUUGGAACCACGAAACGGUGA